AUGGCUGCUGAGGUCCGGAGGGUGCUGGUGUAUGGGGGCAGAGGGGCCCUGGGCUCCAAGUGUGUGGACUACUUCAAAUCCAGGCGCUGGUGGGUGGCCUCCAUCGAUGUGACUGAAAAUGCUGCUGCCAAUGCCAAUGUUGUCGUGAAAUUGUCAGACUCUUUCACCCAGCAGUCUGAAGAGGUCACGUCUGCAGUAGACCAGCUCCUUGAGGGAGAAAAGGUGGAUGCCAUCCUGUGUGUAGCUGGAGGCUGGGCUGGAGGCUCUGCAAAAGCCAAAUCAUUUUAUAAGAACUGCGACAUGAUGUGGAAACAGAGUGUUUGGACUUCGACCAUUUCCAGCCAUCUUGCCACUAAGCACCUUAAAGAAGGAGGCCUUCUCACCUUGUCCGGUGCAAAUGCUGGGUUAUCUGCAACUCCAGGUAUGAUUGCUUAUGGCAUGGCAAAGGCAGCCGUCCAUCAGCUGUGUCAGAGCCUUGGUGGUGAGAAGAGUGGACUGCCGGCGAAUUCUGCUGCUGUAGCUUACUCCCUGUUACCUUGGAUACGCCAGCCAACAGAGCCUCAAUGCCUGAUGCAGACUUCAGUGGCUGGACACCAUUAGACUUUAUCGCGGAAACAUUUUAUAACUGGACCACUGGGGCAAACAGGCCAAAGUCUGGCAGCCUUAUUCAGGUGAUCACAGAAAAGGGAAAAACAGAACUUGUUCCGGCUCAUCUGUAA